ACAGGGCUGAGCUCUUGUAAGGGGAAUUUAUCUGUCUGAGGCAGUUUACACUUACGCCUCACUACGCAAAGAAGCUUCGUCUUGGACAGACGUACCUUUACACUGUGUUAUUCUGUUUUAAAAAAGAAAGAUAAAGAGACUAAUUUCAGGAUGAAACUGAUUCUUCUUCUCCUUAUAUCCUGCCUCGCCUUACAUAACGGACAGGGAGCGCCACGGAAGGCUGUGUAUAAGUUUGUUAGAUGUAACCCCGAAGGUGACCAGGCCAACUGCGUGACCCAACAAAGUCCUGAGAUGCCAUGGAGUCCAGAUCUACCGGCUAAACUUCCUGCAUCUACUGCACAGUACCUAGAGGCAGAACCUGUGGAAGAUGAGAGUCCACUCUGGGAAGAGGACGAGUGGGAAAAAGACCCAGAAGAGGAGGAAACACCUAUGAAGAGUGAGGACGGAGAGUCACCUGACAGGUACCAAAAUGAGCAAGGCUCGGGUGAAUAUGAAAGUUCUGGGACAGAAGACCGGUACAUUGCAGACGGGCCCAAAACCACUGAAGGGGACGCAGGCUCUGGCGAAUCCUUGACAGACACUGUUUCGUACGAAGAAAUGGUGAGAAGCAUGAGGAAAUUGUUCCCAAAUGGUGAGGCGAAACCCACAGAGCAGGACCUCAAAGAAGACCACCUUCUAAAGCUGUAGAUCCACACGCAAGGCUAACGUCUAUUUUCACUCCCCAUCUAGCCAGAUAACAAAGCUGAAAUUACAUCACCACCUUGUGGAAACAUUUGGUCACACAGAGGCAAAUUAUAUAUUUAGGAUUUUUGAUGGGAUUGUUUAAAACUAUUUUUCAGGUGCAAAUAACACUGGUGAUAUUGUGAAAUCAGAUACUGAAGGAAAUAACGGGUUAGCCUAAAAUUUAUUUAGCCUACGCUGCCAAUGUCCAGAAAUUGUGCUUCCUUGUGGAAAACAAGAUUUUAACAUGCUUUAUAAUUUAUAUAACAUAUGCUUUAAAAUCAUGGCAAUACCAGUGCAAUAACAUGUUGCCUAUGUCUAUGCAUUGCUCACUUUGUGCAACUCCAAUCGUUUUUGGAGAUAUUUACAGGCUACACAAGGAUCUGUUUAUCUUAUUUGAGCAACUUCUGUCAAAUUUUUUACACUUUGCACUUAAGCAGGACAGUGCAACACAUUCUGGUUACAAGGCUGGAUAAGAAACAAACCCCCCAGAAAAGGGUUCACUUUGUCUUAAAUAAUAUGAGGCAAAUUAUGUACAAUCCAUUUAGAUGCAUUCAAUUAUAAACUGUAUAUGAUUUAAAUUUACUCCUCAUUGCCUUGAUGUGCAUUUGAAAUACUUAUCAAUAAAGGAUUUAUGUCA